CGCUUGAGCAUUGAUUGCACUUUCGACGCGUCAGCUGACAUAAUCGACCCAACUUCGACGGACGCGCGUACGCCAUUGUAACUUGAACUUCUCCUUCUUCGUGCAAUGUCCAGGUCCUACGAUCGAGCUCUUACUGUCUUCUCCCCUGAUGGUCAUCUAUUCCAAGUCGAAUAUGCUUUGGAAGCCGUGAGGAAGGGUACAUGUGCUGUUGGUGUGCGUGGCAAGGAUGUCGUAGUUCUUGGUGUGGAGAAGAAGUCGGUUUUACAACUACAAGAUCCUCGAACCGUCAGAAAGGUGGCCAUGCUGGAUGAUCAUGUGUGUCUGGCUUUUGCAGGUCUCACAGCGGACGGACGAGUAUUGAUUGACAAGGCGCGGAUAGAAUGUCAAAGCCACCGUUUGACCGUUGAAGACCCCGUUACUGUGGAAUACAUAACGAGACAUAUUGCAGGCAUUCAGCAGCGCUAUACGCAAUCCGGAGGUGUCCGACCAUUUGGUAUCUCCACUCUCAUCGUUGGCUUCGAUCCACAUGACACCAAGCCUCAUCUAUACAUGACCGAACCAAGUGGUAUUUACAGUGCGUGGAAGGCUAAUGCAAUUGGACGAUCGUCGAAAACAGUACGGGAAUUCCUGGAGAAGAACCACAAGGACGAUCUUUCACGAGAAGAAAGCAUCAAGCUUGCCGUGAAGAGUCUGCUCGAGGUUGUACAAACGGGUGCAAAAAACAUCGAGAUCAGUGUGAUGGAGAGUUACGGAAAGAUCACGAAUCUUGAUCUUGCACAGAUUGAAGCCAUUGUCUCUGAAAUAGAGAAAGAAAAGGAGGUCGAGGCAGAAAGAAAGCGCUCUAGAUUAGCUGCAACUGCUGCCGGACAAGCAUCCAUGACAUCUCGUGCUACAGAAGGCACGUCUGGGUAGUA